ACAGCACUGACGAUCGUCACGAUUGGAUUACGGAAAAUGUCGAUGUAUUUCGACUUAUAAAUGCACACCGGCAGACGGGAAGAACGAAUAAUUAGACCCAAAAAAAAAAGAAAAGAAAGAGGCAAAAAAUGAUUCCUGGCUGUGUGGGAAGACAAGGGAGGGGCGUGGAAAGUAUCAACUUGUAUAUUUUAGCAAGCUGUUGAGGCGUGCACCAAAGCAAACCAUUAUUAACUGACAGAAAAACUAAAGGUAUCGAAAGCGUAUAUACACGGUGUUAGGCAUGAGGUAGGAGCACAGCCUGCGUAGAGCAAUAACUGAAGUAACUACACUCAAGUGACCAGAUAAUCCGGUCUCCUGCACCAGCAUUGCAUUUCGCUGUUGUUUUCCCCGUAAAGCGUGCGUAAAACCGAGGACGCAAGGACCGGGAGAGAAGGGAGAUCCAGACAACGAAAGAAGUGCCCCUGAAUAUGAUCACCUUUCUGUUCAUCGUGCUGUCUGUCCCCCGCGUACUAUCUUCUUCGACACUGGCCGCCAUCCUGCCCCAGGACCCCGCCCUGCGGAUCGGCUCCACGCUGACGGCGUCCUGCACGGUGAGCCCGGAGCUGGGGCUGCACGCCGGCGCCCUCUACUGGACGCUGAACGGGCGGCGGCUCCCCAGCGCCUCCUACAGGCCGCUGGGCCCCACCGCGCUGGGCCUGACGCUGCCGCGGCUCAACGGCUCGCGCCAGCAGUCCGGCGACAACCUGGUGUGCCACAGCAACGGCGGACACGUGCUGGCCGGCUCCUGCCUCUACGUGGGCAUGCCUCCAGAGAAGCCGGCCGACCUGACCUGCUGGUCCCGGAACACCAAAGACCUGACCUGCAGCUGGAGGCCCGGGAGCCAGGGGGAGACCUUCAUCAGGACCAAGUACACCCUCAAGUACAAGCUGAAGUGGUACGGGCGGGAGAAGGAGUGUGGGGACUACAGCAGCAGCCAGCCCUACUCCUGCUACAUCCCGCGCGACCUGGCCCUCUUCACGCCCUACGAGAUCUGGGUGGAGGCGUCCAAUCAGCUGGGGGCCGCCACCUCCGACCUCAUCACUCUGGACAUCCUGGACGUGGUGACCACGGACCCCCCCAGUGACGUCCAGGUGAGCCGUGUGGGGGAGCUGGAGGACCAGCUGACCGUGCGCUGGGGCACCCCCCCGGCCCUCAAGGAGUUCCUCUUCCAGGCCAAGUACCAGAUCCGCUACAGGCUGGAGGACAGCAGCGACUGGAAGGUGAUGAGGGACGUGGGGAACCAGACGUCCUGCAGGCUGGCGGGACUGCGGGCGGGCACGGUGUACUUCGUCCAGGUGCGCUGCAACCCCGUGGGGAUCUACGGCUCCAGGAGGGCGGGCAUCUGGAGCGGCUGGAGCAGCCCCACGGCCGCCUCCACGCCCCACGCCGCCCAGCUCCAGGGCGGCUCGUGCGACCCCAAGGCGGGCGAGCAGAACUCCACCCUGCGGCGGGAGCUGAAGCAGUUCUUCGGCUGGGUGCGCAAGCACGCCUUCGGCUGCAGCGGCAUGAGCAUCAAGCUGUACGACCAGUGGAGGGUGUGGCUGCAGAAGUCCCACAAAACGCGCAACCAGGUAGAUUCUGCCGGGCGAUGAGUCGUAGCAUAUGCUCAAGACGAAAGUAAAAAAAAAAAAGAAAAAAGAAGAACUGAAAAUGACGGAAUUUUGAGUGGGAAAAUCUGUGUUCUGGAAUGCUGUUGGGUUCCGCACAUGGAAUGUUCUGCUGCUAGUGGAAACCCUCGUGGGAGCUCUUGGAAGACCAACCUGUGCGGAGGAAUGGACUCUAUGGUGCUCCAGGCCAGAGACACACCGAGCAGACUUGAAUUAUGGGCCACGGACCUCCCAGAGAAUCGCGAAUAGUUUUCAGGCCAAUCGAGAGAACGAGAGAGUGUGAGAGAAUGAGAGAGGGAGAGAAUGAGAUAAUGACAGAGAGAAUGAGAGAGGGAGUGAGAACAAGAGAAUGAGAGAGUGUGAGAGAAUGAGAGAGGGAGAGAGAGAAUGAGCGAGAGGGAGAGAGGGAGUGAGAGAGAGGGAUACAGAAGGAGAGAGAGGGAGAGAGAAAAUGAGAUGGAGUGAUAGAGUGAGAGAGAGAGAGGGAGUGAGAGAGUGAGAGAGAUGGAGAGAGAAGGAGUGAUAGAGUGAGAGAGAGGGAGAGAGUGUACCACUGUAUCCUCUGUGAUUAAGCUUCUUUGUUAUUUUCGGGGUGCAGUCUAAAGCGCUCUGUCCAGUGUGAGGAGUGAAGCAGGCAGAAUGUAGCGUGGGUAUUUAUUGGGCUCGCAGAGAGCGGGAUUUAACGUGGCAUUACAGUCGGCAUGGCAACCCUCCCUGCCGCACACAACCCCCAGAGAUAACCCCCCCCCCCCCCCCCCCCGUUCCGCCCGCACGGCAGCCGCCCGGGUGGGAUAAUCCCAGCAGAGCCCCAGCGGGAUAAAUGACUGGUGAUGAGCCAGGAACGGGGGAACGUUCCCACCUGCUGCUCUGUCUGUCAGAGGCGAUCCUUUUCCCCAGGUGCUGGUCACACACGGCUGACCGUUAACCCUUCGAAGAGCUGUUUUGUUUUUUUUUGGAAUGUUUUUCAUCAAAGUCAGUGUGCUAGAACUACAUUGCUUUUAAUUAAUAAUAAUAAUAAU